CGCUUCCAAAAAGCAAAUCUACUUAUGUUUUAAGGACCUAAUAAUCUCGCUCCGUAAGGUGGACUUCAACAGUCUGGCGCGGUGCGGCGCGGUUCCGUUGAUUGCCGUACAUCGUCCCGCAUCACGCUCCUGGCCGUGCUCCCCGCGAAGCCCGCAGUCUCAGAUCCCUCGUUCCCUGUCCAUUUAUACAACAGGAAAUCGUCUAUCUGCUCCCUCUCCCCGCCUCCGUUUCCCCUCUUCUUUGCCUGUUUGCUCCCACUGGCGGUGCACUUCCAGCUGCAUCCAGUCGUCUUCUCUGCGAUCAGAAGGUAAAAUGAUGGAUGGAACGGAGAAAGGAAAUUCUGAUAAAAAACUGUAUGCACGAAUGCGCUUGUGGGAAUUUGCAGACAAAUAUAUCUUUGAACCAAUUGAUAAUGCCAUUGCUGAUUCUUAUUUAUCAAUCAGCCGGGCAGAUGGAUCAAUGGCUUUAAUUGGAGAGCUUCCACAGUGUGGACAAAUGCAAUCACCAAAGGUUCGCCUUGUUUUUGGUGUUAUUGGAAUGCUUAGGCUUAUAGCAGGGGCUUAUCUGUUUGUAAUUACGAGUCGUGAAUGUGUUGGAACUUACUUGGGUCACCCUAUUUACAAAGUCUCAACCCUUGAAAUUUUGCCUUGCAACAUGUCUGUUGAUAGUUCCUCUGUCGAACAGAAAAAGAUGGAGGCUGAAUUCUCAACCCUCUUAUAUGCUGCUGAAAAGACCCAUGGUCUCUAUUUCUCUUAUGAAGUCAACUUGACUCUCUGUGCUCAGAGGCUACAUGAAUUAGGUGGCGAGUCUAAGCUUCCGCUUUGGAGACAGGCCGACCCCAGAUUUCUUUGGAAUGGUUACAUGUUGGAAGCACUCAUUGAUAACAACUUAGAUCCAUACCUACUUCCUGUCAUGCAAGGAAGUUAUCAGCAUUUUGAAGCAGCUCUCGGUACAAAUAUCAUUGAUGUAUCCCUUAUUGCACGCAGAUGUACAAGGAGGACAGGUACCCGUAUGUGGAGAAGAGGAGCUGAUUUAGAAGGUUAUGUUGCAAACUUUGUUGAAACUGAACAGAUUUUGCAGGCUAAUGGGUUCACAGCAUCCUUUUUGCAAGUUCGGGGGUCCAUACCUUUAUUAUGGGAACAGAUUGUGGAUCUCACAUAUAAGCCUCCAUUUCAAAUUGUGCAACCUGAUGAGGGGCCUCGUGUAGCUCGGCGCCACUUUAUGGAUCUUGUCAAAAGAUAUAAUUCUGUCAUAGCUGUUAAUCUAGUAAAUAAGCAUGGUGGCGAGGGACGUCUAAGUGAAAGAUUUGCACAAGCUAUGGAGACUAUUAGUAAUGAUAUCAUAAGAUAUGUACAUUUUGACUUUCAUGCAAUAUGCGGACAUAUCCAUUUUGAGCGGCUCUCUCUCCUUUAUGAUCAAAUUGAGGAUUUUUUGAAAAAAAAUAGCUACUUUCUCUUAGAUGUUGACGGUGAGAAGGUCCAGGAGCAAUCUGGUGUUGUAAGAACAAAUUGCAUUGAUUGUUUGGACCGGACAAAUGUUACACAGAGCAUGAUUGGUGGGAAGAUGUUAGAAAGCCAGCUUAAACAAAUUGGAAUAUUUGGUGAUGCUGAUGCUCUCAGUGCUUAUUCUGUUAUUGAUACAUGCUUUAAGAAAAUGUGGGCUAAUCAUGGAGAUGACAUCAGCAUCCAGUACUCUGGAACUUCUGCUUUGAAAGGAGACUUUGUCAGGUUUGGGAAAAGGACUAUUGAAGGAAUUGUUAAAGAUGGUAUUAAUUCCUUAGUUCGGUAUUACCUUAACAACUUCGCAGAUGGGAUUAAGCAGGAUUCCACCGAUCUAUUACAAGGACAUUACAUUUUGUCAACCAGUCGAGGUCUGGCUUCUCCAUCACAGCCUGUUGGUCUGGGGGCCUUUGCGUCUAUGAGAGUUGCUUCUGGAGUGGUUUUGGCCGGAGUUAUGUUUGCCAUGCUGUCAGUUAGACAAGCUCAAUAUGAUCGUCGACAUCUUCUAUACGCUCUAUUCUGGGUAAGCCUUAGCAUCGGAGCAGCGUCAGUUGUAAAAGCUUAUGGCCGAAUGUUCACAAACAAGCCUCGCCUAUUCAUUUCUCGUCAUUAACAAUAAAAGAAUUGCAAAGCCGUGAACUUAAAGCUGCUGUCUCCAAUCCUUCUUAGCCUCUUUCCACGCUCAAUGAGGAACUCGGAGCAUCCAGUAAUUGUAACAAUUUACAAUUUCUUUUAACACUGAUGUCUUUUUCGCUGCUUAUUCAUAUAUUAUCUUCAUUCUUUUAGUUUGAGAAAAUGUUUUCUUGAUUCUGUAUGUCACGAGUUUUUUUUUUCAAAUCAACCAGAAGUUGCGAUUCUGUUGUUCUUUUUGGCCGUUUAAUCACCCAAUGAGAAUAAAUUACUGAUCGUUGAAACGUGGUGAUCA